AUGGAACUUAAAGAAGAAAAAACUCAAGCAGACGAAAUGCGGCUAAGUGAGGUGCUCCGAGCGCUUGGAAAGACACCAAAUCCAGCUAUGGCAAAUAAACUCGGCAAAGAGCAGCAGAUUAAAGCCGAUAUGGGCGACAGGAAAACAAAUAACAGAAAUUCGAUGCUGGACGACACCAUGUAUGAUAUUUAUGAACUACGAAACAGUGCACGGUCAAAAAGGAAAACCAAUCAGGGAGCUGGCACUAUGCCAUUGGCUAAAACACAAACU